AAAUAUGAACGCUUGUUCUAUAUUAAUGGCAAAGCAUUCACGAUAGAAUAAUGGAUAUUAAGUAAAGUAUGGAAAUGGUACUACUUUCUAGAGAAACCAUCAAACCUUCAUCCCCAACUCCUUCUUAUCUUAGAAUAUAUCCACUCUCCUUUAUAGAUAACAUUUUUUACCGUAAAUAUGUGCCAGCACUUUUCUUUUACAACACAAACGAUUGUAGUAACCAAAAUUUUAAAAUAUCACAACUUCGUAAGUCCUUAUCUCAAGUUCUAUCUAAAUACUACCCUUUUGCUGGCAAGUUGAGAGAUAAAACCAGCAUUGAGUGUAAUGAUCAAGGUGUGUCAUUUCUCGUCACAAAGAUCCAAAAAAAAUUAUCAGAGAUUCUCCAAAAUCCGACGGAAAAAUUGUUGAAUCCUUUGUUCCCUGAUGAAUUACAAUGGAAAGACAUGGAUUGGAGCGGAACUUUAAUAGUCAUACAAAUCAAUUGUUUUGCGUGUGGAGGGAUCGCGAUAAGUAUUUGCAUGACUCACAAAGUUGGUGAUGGUACCACUCUUUUCAACUUCAUGAAUGAUUGGGCCAUCAUCAACCAAAAGGUAGAGCAAGAAGAAGAAGGGUUAUUAGUAUUACCCGUCCCUAUACUUGGCGAAGGGGCUUCGAUUUUUUCCCAGAAGGACUUACCUAUUUUUCCAGAACUCAAGCUUGUGAAGGGAAACAAGAUGGUGUGCAAAACAUUUGUGUUUCAAGCGUCAAUGAUUAAGUCUCUCAAGACAAUGUUAACUAAUUCUAGAAAUUCUCCCACACGCGUACAAGUUGUAACUGCAUUGAUUUACAAGCGUGCGGUUUCAACAAUGGGAUUAAAUUUCAAGACAGCGCCAUUCAGCACGGUUGUGGACCUUCGCAGAAGAAUGGUUCCUCCAUUGUCAGAAAGUUAUGUAGGGAACAUAAUUUGGUUCUCGUCUACGCACAUAGAUAAGAAGGAAAUGGAGCUGCCGGAUUUGGUAUGCAAAAUAAAACAUGGAUUAUAUGAGUUUUGUGACGUUUAUCCUAAAAAAUUUGCAGGAAAAGAAAAGGACGAUUUGUCGUUCAUUUCCGGGUGCUUGGAACAUGUUAACGAUUCUUAUUCUGAUGAUCAAACUAUGUUUACUUUUAGUAGUUGGUGUGGAUUUCCAAUAUAUGAAGUAGAUUUUGGGUGGGGAAAACCAACAUGGGUCACAACUUUUGGUAGUUCUUUGAGGAAUCUAAUAUUUAUGAUGGAUACUAGAGAUGGGGUUGGGAUUGAAGCAUAUGUGAACAUGGAAGAGAGUGAUAUGGCUAGGUUUGAGAAUGAUGUUGAGCUUCUUAAGUAUGCCUCUCUUAAUCCAAGUAAUGUUGAACAUGAUUCAUAACUAUGUACUUUCUUUUUAAAAUGUGUGGGUGUGGAUGAAAGAUUUUCAAUAAGUAUUGAAUUUCAAGUGUGUGUUGUUGAAACUUGAAAGAGAUUUGUAAUUUAUUUGAAAUUCAAACAUGUAAGAUUUAUAUCUGUUUCUUCCAAGUUCUUUUUCAAUAAUGUACGUGACAAACAUUUUACA